AUGCUGCUACUGCCCAGCGAAUUGCCUUCGGAUGCGCUAAUAGCGGCCUACUUGCUCUUGGAAAAGAUUACAUUCAGCUUUACAACAAUUCUAGUCGCCUUCACAUUGUUUGUCAUGCGGAAAUGUGAGUUGAGAAUGGGAAUUAAAGGCAUUCCAGACUUGCAGCGUCGGUCAGUGCCAUCAAAAAAUAUCACUACUAUUUGAUGAACGAAAUUUUUUGGUAGGUACGAUUUUACCGCUUGUAUGGGUUCUGUCGGGUAAAUGACGAGCACAAUGUCGCUGAAGUGAUUUUUUUAUGUAAUUUUUUGAAAUUUUUCUAAAAAUACUGGAUUUAGGGGUUUUCGAGGGUGCUGAUUUCGAAUUUCGGGUUCAUUUUUUCUGAACUUUAUUAGUUUUCCUUAAGCAGUAGUGUUAAAAAGUAAUUUUUGGAAAAUUUUCAAAAAAUUACUUUUUAACGUUACUACUUACGGAAAAAAGUAACUAUCAAAAAAACGAUCAUCAUUUUCGAAAUCAGCACCCUCGAAAACCCCUAAAUCCACUAUUUUUAGAAAAAUUUCAAAAAAUUACUUUUUAACGUUACUAUUUGCGGAAAAAAGUAACUAUCAAAAAAACGAUCAUCAGAAAUCAGCACCCUCGAAAACCCCUAAAUCCACUAUUUUUAGAAAAAUUUCAAAAAAUUACUUUUUAACAUUACUACUUAAGCAAAAAAGUAAGAAUCGGAAAAAACGAAUAUGAUUUUUCGAAUCUACGCCAUCGAUUACCCUAUUUUUGACCUUUCCGUCCUUCGUGCGGGGAAACAUCGAAAGAGACCCCCGAUUCCGGGGUCUCUUUCAACUCGGGGUCUCUUUCGGGGAAAACCAGUAAAAUACCUCAAUAUUAUUCUUUUGUAGCGCCAUAUUUUCAGGUCUUUCUUGUCAGACGCCGCGUUCUUUGCAGCGGGCCAAGUGGUCCUCUUCCCAUUGCCCUGCUUGUUCUUCGUGGGGCCCGCCGAUUUUCUCUCAACGACUACGCUACUCUCCGUAAUGGUACUAACAGUCGGCGGAAGGGGCAUUGCGAUGAUCUUCCAAUUUUUCUACCGGGUAUCGCAAUCCAUCUCGCCGCAGUCUGUUUUGUACUUCAAUUGGAACGGAGUGCGCGACAGACAUUGGGUCGCCGUUUUUCUGCUCUUGUGGAUUGGCGCUUGCGUUGCAGUUGUGGUAGGUUGGAAAUGAGUUCGGCACGUCAAUCCAGCUCAUUUCCUGAACCGUUUCGAAACUUCGUAUCGUUUUCAUUGAUUGAAAAGAGAGACGAAAUGUCGCGAAAUUAUCGACACUUUUCUCGCCCGAAAUAAUUGCUUUUUCUCGAAAAGGAAAAAGAAAGAUACGAAAAUGGUUUUAUCGGAUUGUGGCAUUUCGUUUUGAACGAAUCACCAAAAAGGGGCGGGAAAUUUUUUCUUCUAUUUUGGAUUGACGUGUUCGGCCCUUGCAAACCAAAAUUGGGCAGCUAAUUUUUACAAAUUCUGAAUCAGAAACAUUUUUCGAUUUUUUUGAUGUAUGUCUCCACCUGUAACUCCAUCCCCAUAGAAGUACUUUCCUUGUGAAAAAAAAAUCUGCCCUGGAGAUUUUGACUUUAUAUCCGGGGUUCCUUGUUUUGAUGCUUAGUACUCUUCAAAAACACGUUUUAAAGGCUUGGUGCUAUUUAGCACUGCCUGAUAGUAAAUAGUACGAGGUGAAAAUUUGACCGCUAGUACUAAAUAGCACCAAGUCUCAAUGGCGUUGGUUUCAAAAAUGACAUUCAUUUUUGUGCCUAGUACUGCUAUUUUCACCUCGUACUAUAUAUACUAUAUACUAUAUAUAUGUACUAAAUGCACCAGUCUUUAAAACGAGUAUUAACAAUCAAAACAACACCAUUAACGCAAACAUCCCCGAAUUCUCAAUGUCAUGUCUUGUAUUUCUUGUAUAAAGUCGAUUAAUCAUGUCUUGUCUAACGUCGACUAACUUUUCAGCUCCCCUCCUACUUCAGCAUCCCCGACCAAGCCGAGGAGCGUUUGCUUCUGAUCAGCGCGGAUCCCCAAUUGGCCGACGCUUUCCGCCGCUUCCCUCAGUCCUUCUGCUUUGCGCAUGGCACCACACUGAGCACCUCGCUCACCACCCUAAUCAUCGUGGUGAUUGGGGUGCCGGUGUUCGGUGCGUUUAUGUUAUUUGCGAUCUACCACCAAAUCAAGUCAUCGAAUUGGUCGCAAAAGGCGGUCCGCCUGCAUAUGAUGCUGCUCCUCUCGUUGGUCGCGCAAGCCGUGGCCAUAACAAUAUUUCUGCUGAUCCCGGUGUACACGGUGAUGAUAUCACCGUUUUUUGGGGUCCGCAACAUGCCGCGGAUCUCGGUUUAUUGCUCCAUGUUCGUGUUGGGCCACACGUUCGUCGACUGUCUGAUUGUGUUGUGGUUUGUGAAGCCGUAUCGGAUGGCGUGCUUCCGGCUGUUGAAUGGGCGGAAAAUUCGCGGCGAAGAGUCGUCCGAGAAUUCGCGACACAAUACCAUCAUCCCACAGCGACAACAGCCGGCUCUUUGCGUUACGCAACGGCGUCCGCAGAGAGCGGUGUUACAGUGACAAUUCGGAUUCUUAUUAUACAAUGGGGGCCCUGAUCCAUUGGCAAAAAACGUACCAUUUUGCAUCCGGGAAGUAUUAAAAAUAUGGCAAAAUGCUUCCUUCUCAAAGUGAAAAAACUCCGAUUUCAAAAGUGAGCUCGCUAUUUUUGUGAGGGAAACUCUUCAAAACGGUUUUUUCACUUGGAGAGGGAAGCAUUUUGCCACAUUUUUGAUACUUCCCGGUGGCGAAAUGGUACGUUUUUUUGCCACUGGAUCAGAUCUCCCACUAUUGCUAUUGAUCAUCGAAAAUUUAGAAAUAAAAAUGUAUAUUGAAAACAGUUCAUUUGGGAUAGAAACAUCGUAUUUAAAACAGCACUUUUCAUUACGCUAACAAGGGAACUACCCCAAGUGCGACGCUCAGAUUUUCUUUAAAUUUUGCACACACGUCCGUCAUGCACCAAAUAUCAAUUCCUGAAAGUUUUAGCUUGCGCUUUCCAAGCGCCGCCGAGAUAUUGAGCGAUCUUUGCCGCCGAGAGAGUACACUAAACACGGAGAGUAGUCAGAGAAAAACCACUUUUUUGAUCAUAACUUUGCUAGUUUCGCGCGAAAAAAAUGUUUUUUUGCAGAAACAUUACCCUCUAUGGUAGAAAUAGGCAUGAAACUUUUUGUGCGGAAAUUCGGCAAAAAGUGUCAAAUUUUCGCCAACUUUCGCGCUAAAAAUCUCGGUUGUUUUUGCUAAGCGCGAGCUAGAAUUCUCGCAUAUAUUUAAAAAAAAAUUAUUCUAAAUUUGUGCCAAGCUUGAUCAAAAUCUGAGCGUUUGGAGUGCUUCUCCCGUAAACCCAUUUUUCAUCACCCUUUUCCAACGUGAAAACACCUUUCAUCGUAUAAAAUGGUCCGCGCAGUCUGCAGUUUCCCGCGCGGCAGCUCUCGAAGUAAAAAUUCUCUCGAUAAAAUGUGGCAGUAAGGUGUAUUCACCACUUUCUCUCCCUUAUUUUGUCGUAAUUUUUUUACGAAUUCUUGAUUCGCUUUCCAUUUUUUUCCGAUCUCAUGAAUAAUAUAAAAACUCGCCCAUUCCGAAUUUGUAAAACCCGGCGGCGGCUGUAAAGUCGAAAGCAAAAUAGAAGUGAAUCAUUUCGCGCUCGAAUGUUUAUCAAUCGACUCAAUUGCGACUUUCAUAGCCCGCUCUUUAUCAGUCUUGUGGGUUUUUUGUACAGUACAAUAUUAUUUUUGAGAUUGUUGGCGGAAACAAAGGUUAUUUUGCGACAAGUCGUGAGGAAUUUGAAUAGAGAAGGAGUGGGCGCUUCCCUGCUUAUCAGUUCGGGGUGUUUGCGUUGCUGGGAACGGUUCGGAUCUAGUUAUAUUGUUUUAGACAGCUACUGUUUGGAAAAUUGAGCAUAACUUUUUUUGUAGGGAUCAAAAUGCGAAGCAAUUUGAUGCAGUUAUUUUUUGAGGGCUUUGAUCGGAAAGAAGUAAGAAGUUCGGAAGUUUUCCGCUCCUUCGGAUUCUUAUUAUGUUGUACUAGAGAUCAGAUCAGAUUUGGGUUGUUUCAAGCGUUCCUGGGGGUUGAAACCAGAUGUGCAUGACCUACAUAGUAUUUUGAAGUCCUCGAUCUCAAAAACAAACUAUUUCUGCUCGUUAUGUAGAGUUAUGACCAAGUGAUGACUUGAGGGAACAGUUGACCCAACACUUGAAAUUGGGCCAAGUCUUUCUUUUCGGUUGGUUCGUGAUUAAUUUGAAGUGGAAAUCAAUUUUCGACUGGUUGAAUAGUCUUUGAGGGCCUGUAAAACAUUAUUUUUCCUCUUUCAUCCAAUUUUGGGCGGGUUUAUUUUUUGAGCCAUCAAUUUAUAUUAUCCUUGUCAAUUUCCUCGUAAUUCCACUCAAAUUUUUUCUAAAUUUUGAUGUUUGCUCCAGAAUGAAACGUUAAGCCCGCAUAAAGAUGCGUAUCGGACAUCGGGGUCAUCAAAAAUAUAUUGUUCCAUCCAUUUUUUCUGCUUUCUGGGCCUUUUCCGAACCCUAAAAAGAUUUCGGGGUUUCCAUUCCGAAAAACGAAAAUUUUUGUCCACUUUCAGGACGUCGGAAAAAGGAGGAGAAGAGGGAGUGGAAUACAUUAUAAGAACUGAACGACAGUUAGGAAAAACGCGGCCAAUUCUGCGCGCUUCUGGACCCGAUUUUUUGGCCUGGUACAAUAUCGCGGAAGUCGAGGUAAGAGCGAGUUGGUCUUUGAAACAUCUUUCUUACAGUUUUAGAGCUCAGAAUAGUGGAAUAGAAACUGACUUUACGUUUAAAUCUUCUCGAGGGAAUUAUUUUCCUUUCAGCUACCGGAAUUAUAAAGUUUUUGUUGUUUUGAUGUGGAAUAUGCGGUUUUGUGGGUAUAAAAAGCCUUCUUGACCGAGAAUAGAGCCUGGUUUUGCUCGUUCGCGAUGACUCAUCUAGGUUCAGGGUGGUUUUCUCACAGUUUUUGGCAAAACUUACCUUACUUUAGAUGUCUAAUGUGCUUUUUGAUUUUAGGCGUCUAAAGCGAGCUUUUCUAAGAGGAAAGCACUUUUAAUCUAUAAAGCAGACUAUUUCCUUGAUAUUAGAUGACAAAUGCGUUAGAUUAGAGCGCAAAUUUAGUAAGAUUCUAUCAAAAAUUACCUUAAUUUAGGUGUUUUCUGGGAACAUGAAAAAUUUCCAUUUUUUACGUUGGAUUCUCGAAUUUUCAGCUGAUCCAUCCCUUCAACACUGCCCAAACUUCCCAGUCGACCUCAAUUUCCACCGAUUUCGAAUCGAAUUCCCCAUAA